AUGGAGUUAAUAACAGCAAUAAUAAUCAUCAUAGCUACAUUGGCUGUACUGUACUUUCGUCACUACAAGAAGCACAUUGCUAGUCGGCGGUACUGCAGGAGUAAUGCUAGCUUGGAAGGAAAAACGGUCGUUAUUACAGGGGCCAACUCUGGCAUCGGCAAAGUGACGGCCCUGGACUUGGCCCGGCGAGGCGCCCGGGUCAUCCUCGCCUGUCGCAAUCUCCAGAAGGCUGAAGACGCUGCCAAGGAGAUCAAGACGCGAACGGGCAACUCGGAGGUCGUGGUGCGCCACCUGGAUCUAGCCAGGCUGCAGUCCGUCAGGGAGUUCGCGAGGAAGAUCAACGAAGAGGAGAAAAAGCUCGACAUUCUGAUUAACAAUGCAGGUAUUCCAGAGUUCGGACACGAGGGUGACGUCACCAAAGACAACUUCCACGCCGUCUUCGGCACCAACCACUUCGGCCACUUCCUGCUGACCAAUCUCCUUCUAGACCUGCUGAAGAAGAGCGCCCCCAGCCGAGUGGUCACGGUGUCAUCCAACGCCCACGAGCGCGUGCGGAGCUCACUAGACCUCAGCCGAGCUGUGGACGCCAGGAGGCCGGGGCGAACCGACGGGGCCGCACCGGUCCUUUACCCACACCUGAGGGACUACGCUCAGAGCAAACUGGCCAACAUCCUGUUCAGCCGUGAGCUGGCGAGGCGUCUGGAGUCCACGGGUGUCACCUCCGUCUCCCUUCACCCUGGUGUUGUCUUCAGCUCUUGGUGGUUAAACAUGAAGGUCAACUCAGUCAGGACUCUGGUUUAUUACAUCAAUUGUCCUAUUAUGUGGUUGACGUUUAUAGACGAGGAGGCAGGAGCCCAGACCACGCUCCAUUGCGCAUUGGACGAGUCGGUGUCCCAGCUUCCGGGGCGAUACUUUGCCAACUGCGCCGCCGAACAACCGUCUGAGCUGGCCCGGGAUGAUGAGAUGGCGCGAAGACUGUGGGAUGUCAGCUGUCAGGCCACGGCACUUGAAGAAACUACAAAUAUGAAUUGA